AUGUUUUUGAUGAGGUUUGAGGGGCGGACUGGUGCCAUCGACGCAGCAACCAAGAAUAAAACAGGAAGCGAAUGGCGAGGUCCCAUGGUCGCGCUAUGUGGCCGCGUCAAUGAGAUGUAUGAUAUUGUGGAGGUGCAGGAUAUGGAUUCGAGGGAGUACUCUGCAUUAGUGGAGGAGUUCUUCAGACGGCAAGGGAGCGAUUUGAAUACGUAUGGCAUGUGGGAGGCAUAUCGAGGGCUGAUGGGAGGUCUUGCAGAUGCGGAUGACUCUGAGGCGGUAGCGCAAGGCGUUUGUGCGUUGGAGCAGUUUCGGACGGUCAAGAUCUGA